AUGGCCGGCGAUGAUCGAGGCGUUGAGGCGGCAAUGGGAGUCGGCGAUCGUGGCGUUGAGGUGGACACGGCCGGCGGCGAUCGAGUCGUUGAAACGGCGACGGCGUUCAGCGAUCGAGGAAAGGCUCCGAUUCCACCAGAGUGGCGAAACGGUGAUUGGAUCGACAAUAUGCUUAGUUCAGAUCGAGUGAUGAGUUAUGUCGUUAAUGAUUCCGUCUUGAUGAAUGCGGAAUGUAGUGGUAUAAAAUCCAUCGAACAACCUUGGUGUGCCAGUAAAUCAACGCAAGGUCACAGUUCUGUUGUAGAUCAGCUGGAAUCAGAAUGUGGAGAAGAUAAUAGCGGCAAUGAAUUGAGAGUUGAUAAUGUGAUGUUGGAGGAGGAUGCCUUGCACAAGGAAAUUUCAUCUGUGACGAAGAAUAAUGAUUUGGCUGUUUUUACUUUAGUUGGAUACAAGAGAUCCAGUGGAAAUGGUGAUGUGUGCCAUGAGAGGGUUAAUUUUCGGUGUGGGUGUCCAGCUUAUAUCCACCUUACUGUUGACAAAGAUGGCUUGUGGACCUGUACAAAGCAUCUGGUUGAUCACAAUCAUGAUCUUGUGCCGAAUGAAAUGAUUGGACUUCUUCAAUCUCAACGUGAAGUAGAUGAAAAUGAUAUGAAGAUAAUCAGAGACGUGACAAGGAGUGGCAUCCCUUUGGUUGAUGCAUUUAAGUUUGUGGCAAAAUUACACGAGGGAAGUCUGAACAUGAAAUAUACUUUGAGAGAUGCCUACAAUUAUGAGCGUCCUGGUGUUGGAUUUGAAGGUGCUGUGAGGGGUGAAGAUCUACGUUGUAGCCAGGGAGACAUCAAUUCAUAUCUUCCCGGUGACCCUUUCCUAGAGAGCAUUCGCAGAGUGUACACAGUUGAAGCAUUCCGGGAGGUUCAGCAGUUGCACAGAGAUGGGAUGUUGUGCAGGCAGGAGCAGUUAGAGACAAAAGGUUAUGGUGCCAAGUCAAGCAUAGCUAAUGAGGGAGAUGGAAAAGCUGCUAGGCCAUUGCUGUGGAAGGCACUAAUUAUGAGACGAUUUUCAGACUUGGUGUAUGCAAGUGAAUAUAACAAAGAUGCAAAGAAAUGUUGUGACGAGGCUGUUGACAGGCUUAAAGAAGAACUCGGCAGUUUCAUUGGUUCAAAUAAUAAUGAUGAGUCUGUAGACAAUGAUGGUGUUAUAAAGAAUCCGGCUAUAAAGAGGAAGAAGUUUGGUCCCAGGAACGAACGUCCUAAAAGCAUUCUUGAGAAGGCAUGUAACAAAGUCAGAGGCAGGAAAACAAAUGCAAGAAUUGCUGCAGACCGAACAAGAGCUUCAGUUGCAUCAAACCUGCAUUAUCAAAGCAUGCCAUUUCCUUAUCCAAAGGGAGUUGCUCAACAUUUUACAGGCUCAGGAAGUUUUGCUGCUGUGAAUGCUUCCCAUCAAAGCAUGCCAUCUUUGAGCGUAAAUUCCGGUGGAUUCUCAUUUGCUAAUCCAAGCGUAGCUGCCCAGCAUUUUUCAUGGGCAUGGGCUUUCACUUCUGUGAAUGCUUCUGAUCAAAGCAUGCCAUUCAUCAACCAAAAUUCCGGUGAAUUCUCAUUUCCAAUUCCCAAGGGAGCUAGCCAGGAGUUUCAAGGUGAAAGCACUUUCGCUGCUGUGAAUCCUUCUCAUCAAAACAUGACAUUCAUGAAUGAAAACUUUGGUGGUUUCUCAUUUCCUAACCGAAGGGAAGCUUCUAGGGAGGCUGGAGCGCAGCGUUUCUUCAACUAG